GGGCUGGGAAAACAACUCUUCUGAAUUACAUACUGACAGAACGGCAUAACAAAAGAAUAGCAGUUAUUCUGAAUGAGUUUGGAGAAGGAAGUGCAUUGGAGAAAUCGCUGGCAAUCAGUCAAGGGGGAGAACUCUAUGAAGAAUGGCUGGAGCUCAGAAAUGGCUGCCUGUGCUGUUCAGUAAAGGACAAUGGUGUGAAAGCUAUUGAGAACCUGAUGCAAAGGAGAGGAAAAUUUGACUAUAUAUUGUUAGAAACAACUGGUUUGGCAGAUCCAGGAGCUGUGGCCUCCAUGUUCUGGGUUGAUUCUGAGCUGGGAAGUGACAUCUACCUUGAUGGUAUUGUAUCUGUUGUUGAUGCAAAGCAUGGAUUGCAGCACUUGACAGAGGAAAAGCCAGAAGGCCUUGUCAAUGAAGCAUCUCGGCAGGUUGCAUUAGCUGAUCUUAUAAUCAUCAAUAAAACAGAUUUGGUUUCAAGGGAAGAAUUGAAUAAAGUCAGAACAUCUGUCAGGUCAAUAAAUGGACUUGUUAAAAUUCUAGAGACACAAAGAUCAAGAGUUGAUCUCUCCAAUGUCUUGGACCUGCAUGCUUUUGACAGUUUAUCUGGGAUAAGUUUGCAGAAAAAGCUUGAGCAUGUAAAGACAACACAUGCGCAUCUAGAUAAGGGUAUAAUUACAGUAACAUUUGAAGUUCCAGGAAAUAUAAAAGAAGAGAACUUAAAUCUCUUUAUUCAGAAUCUUCUGUGGGAGAAGAAUGUGAAAGAUAAGACUGGGCGCACCAUGGACGUCAUAAGACUGAAGGGACUGGUAUCUAUUCAAGGCAAAUCUCAUCAUGUGAUAGUCCAAGGUGUCCAUGAGCUCUAUGAUCUGGAAGAGACUGCAGUAGCCUGGAAAGAAGAUGAAAAGAGAACAAAUAGACUCGUCCUAAUAGGCAGGAACUUGGAUAAGGAGACCAUCAAGGAAGUAUUCAUAGCCACUGUGAGAGAGAAACAAGGAACAGUUGACAUUAAACUACAAAAAAGAUGA